GGUAGUGUUAACUCUUAUGACUUAUGAGUUAAUAGUAUAGCAGAGAGAGAGAGAGAGAGUGAGGCCAGGGGUUUGGGAUCAAAGAUCAAUGAAGGGCAGUGAGGCAUCAUCAGGAGGAGACAUGAGUGUGAAGCCUGCAUCUGCAUGGCUUGAGAGGCUUAUGGCUGAGACAUUCUUUGGUGGUUGUGGGGUCCACCAGAAUCACAAGAAGAACGAGAAGAACAUCUUUUGCUUGCACUGUUGCCUUAGCAUCUGCCCCCACUGCCUCCCUUCUCACCGCUCCCAUUCCCUUCUCCAGGUGAGAAGGUAUGUUUACCAUGACGUGGUUCGAUUGGGUGAUCUGGAAAAGCUCGUCGAUUGUUCCAAUAUUCAGCCAUAUACCAUUAACGGUGCGAAAGUGAUAUUCUUAAAUCAGAGGCCACAGUCAAGGUCAUGCAAAGGCACUGCCAAUGCUUGCUGCACUUGUGACAGGAUUCUUCAGGAGCCCUUUCACUUCUGCUGUCUGUCAUGCAAGUUCGAGGGUCUAAGAGUUGAUUGCUAUACCCAAUUUGUCCCCACCUCCUCCUGCUCGAAUACUGAGGCUACCAGUAACAGCAUUGCCAACAACAACAACAACAAGAACACCAAUGGCUUCUUCCUCUCUCUUGGAAGCAGGAGAAAGGGGGCUCCCCAUAGAGCUCCACUCUCCUAGCGAAACCAAAUAAAUAUGGGUACAUUUUAUUAUUUGACCUAAACUUAUGAACUAAUAAAUGAGUUCUAGGUUUUAGGUUAUGUCACCUUUGCUAUGUGUAUUUUCUCUCUCUCACAAUUGUAUCUUCCUUUGAAGGAUCUUAUUUGCGGGAAUUGGAUUUGCUGCAAUGAUGCAGAAAUAAAUUUAGACCGUUGAAUGAAGAUUGGACAGUUUAUAUUUUGACUGUUUAUUUUAAGUUUAGCAUUUGAGUUAAAAUAUGAUUCGUGUGA